GUUUAGAGCGCCCUCUGGUGUGAACGAUGUUAAGUAACUCUUCACCAGGGUGGUGUCAAUGGAAAUAUUAAAUAAAAACGUUAUUUUUGUAAUCCCAAGUCUUAAUCCAUGGAAAAUAAUUGUGAUAUAGCAUAGAAAAUACUCAAACAAAAAACAAGAACUGUUACUGUUAGUGUUAUGGUUUAUUUAAUUAAAAUUGGUGCUAAAUACGCGAUUUUAACAGCUGUAAUAGUAAAUAAAUGAAGUGAUUAGGGAAGGUUUCAAUUAAAUUAGUCAUUCUGGAAUUUGAAGAUAUUGAACGUAUUUCCAACUACAUUUACAAUGAUCGUGUUAAUGUGGACAACGGAAAUAGCUCGAGAAAAAUAAGAGGGACGAGGUGCCAGGCCUGUAAUCCAGAAAAAGCAAGAAAAACGGGGCAAACUUGUCCAAAACUCGAUCCAGGACUAGUUCAUAGCACGACGAUUCCGCGCAAAGGCAGCGACACAUCGGCGAGCACGAACGCGAGCGCGAACGCGAGCCGCACGAGCAGCGCGCGCAGCUUCAAUGCUUGGACGCGUUCGCUAGCGCAGCGCACGUCUUCCGGAAAGUCGACGUCGUCGUCGGCGGGGGGCGGCGCGGCGGCUGCGGCGGCGGCGGCGUCGGCGUCGACCAACGAUGACGUCAAACAGCCGCCGCGUCACCGCCGCCAGCAGUCGAACGCCUCGUCGCAAGGCUCGUUCGAGGUGGGGGAGGAGGCUUACAGGGAGGCGGCGGGGUCCUCUUCCCCCUCCAGGAGGUCCAGCAGCGUGGGGGGUGCCCCUCAGCCCUCGCAGCCUACUGUUAUACCAAAGCAUGGGACGCUUAAGGAACCUUCUUUACCCACCAUUAAAGGCAGCACCACCCCGACCAAUUCGGCAUUUGAUAAAAUUGACAACAUCGAAUUCAUAGACAGCGCCACGCCGACCGACAUCACCAACAUUAACAACAAGGGCUACCACACGAUAGAACGUUGCGAUUCGACUAGCACCAAGGACGACCAGAUGUCGAAGAAGGAAAAAUCGAAGGCCCGCCCCGGCAACAAGGCGAGCAACGGUAAGAAGAAGAGCAAGAAAGAAAAGGCGGCCGCGGCAGCCGCCGCUGCAGCUUCCGCCAAAAGCCAACAGAUGGAGUCGUCGCCCGACGAUAAGGACGAAAACUGCAGACCGGGUAAAUUGAAUACGAGGCCGAAGGAGGGCACGACGCGCGUGCGCACCACCACCACGGACACGGAGAAAACGAAAAUCGUCACCACCACGACAAGUCUUAACAGGUAUACUUUUAUCAAAGAUGAAAAGGAGAAUGAAAAAAUCGAGAAAAAAAUUAGGACUCAUAGUUGCUCCUCCAUACCGUAUGAUAAUAUUAUAGAAAAUUUAGCGCCUUUUAGAAAAAGAUUUUGUAAUGUGCAGCUACAGUUUAAAAAUGAAGAGGAAGCCGAAGGAAGGGAGGAAGGAGGGAAAAAAGAUUCCCUGGAGGCCCACCGCUCGGACAUACAGCCGGUGGUGGAGGAGGUGCUCAACCACAUCAUAGACAUGGCCGUUGAGAUAAUCGCUACGAACCAAUUGCAGAGCGAGAAAAACAAGCAAGCUAAAGAGAGCAUCAUCAAGCAACAGUUGGCUAAAAGCGAGAACAAGGAUAUUGCAGCGAUUGCGCCGCAUUUUAAAAGUCGCAUAAGUUGCAACACUGGGGACAUUUUGAAGCCUUUGUAUCCGCCAAAAAUCAUCAAAACCCCUUCGGCCGAUACGCUGAUGGACGCGAGGAGUUUCGUGGAGGAUUAUGAAGAGUUCCACGAUUCUUGCAGCGAAAUGCCCGACUCGGAAAUCGCGAUCCAUCAAGUUAUGUCAGAAAUCUCGGAAAACGUGGACAGAUUGAUCGUCGACAAGCACCGCAAAGUGAAAAAGUUCGUCAAGCACGGCGGCGUAACCUCGCUCAUCCCCAUAGAGACCGACUCCAACGCUGAGGAAGACACCGAAGUUCAAAUGGAGUCGGAUCAGCGGCUCUUGGAGGCCGGCAGGAUCAAGUACAGCAUUCCGAAGAACCUGUUCCAGAACAAGGAGAUGACCGAGAUUACGGAACAGACCAUUGAAAAGCUGCACCGGAACGACGAGAACGCGGAGAACAAUCCGGAUAUGGUCGAGCAGCCCAUUGUGGUCAGCUUGGGUAAGGAGGGUAAGACGGCCGAUGACGACGACGAUGUCUACAAGCCGAUUGCUGUUUCGCCAGACGGGAGGUUUUUCAAGUAUGAGGAGGAGAUUGGAAGAGGCUCCUUCAAAACCGUGUACAGAGGCUUGGACACGCAAACCGGCGUCGCGGUGGCUUGGUGCGAGUUGCAAGAGAAAAAACUCAACAAGGCCGAACGGCAGCGCUUCAGGGAGGAAGCGGAAAUGCUGAAAAAGCUGCAACACCCGAACAUAGUGCGAUUCUACAACUACUGGGAGGCGCCGGGGAACAAGAAAAAGAACAUCGUCCUCGUCACCGAACUCAUGCUGAGCGGGACAUUGAAAACGUAUUUGCGUCGUUUCAAGAAAAUCAACCCGAAAGUGUUGAAAUCCUGGUGUCGACAGAUUCUGAAGGGUUUGGCUUUUUUGCAUUCGCGAUCUCCGCCAAUCAUACACAGGGAUUUAAAGUGCGACAAUAUUUUUAUCACGGGAACUACGGGUUCUGUAAAAAUCGGCGAUUUAGGUUUGGCCACGUUGAAAAACAGAAGUUUUGCCAAAUCUGUUAUUGGUACGCCUGAAUUCAUGGCGCCAGAAAUGUACGAAGAACAUUACGACGAAGGGGUUGACGUUUACGCUUUUGGCAUGUGCAUGUUGGAAAUGGCUACGUCCGAAUACCCCUACUCAGAGUGUACUGGGCCUGCGCAGAUCUACAAGAAAGUCAUAUCGGGUGUAAAACCGGCAAGUUUUGACAAAGUCCAAAACCCGGAGGUCCAGAAUGUGAUCGAAAGUUGCAUAAAACCUCGUAAGGAGGAUCGACCUAAAGUCAAGGAUCUAUUGACGCACGUUUUCUUCGAAGAAGACGUCGGUUUAAAAGUCGAGGUGGUGUCUCAAGAAACUAAAAAAAUCGUGUUUAGGUUGAGGGUAAUUGAUCCUAAAAAAAGGACGCAUAAACACAAGGAGAACGAGGCCAUACAGUUUGAGUUUGAUAUGGAGACCGACAGAUAUAUGACUAUUGCUGAGGAAAUGGCUAAAUCUGGCAUCAUCUUCGAAGAUGACGCCAAGACGGUAGCUCAACUGCUCAAGGCACAAAUCGCGCAAAUAACAAAAGAACGAGAACAGCAGAGAAAUAAAGAGCAGGAAGCCCUGGCGCAACAAUUGCAAUACCAGCAGUUCCUGCAAACGCAGGCCGAGCAGCAAAAUUUUCAGCAACAGCAGCAGCAGCAACAACAACAGCAGCAAAGCGCUCAACAACAGCCGCAACCAACCCAACAGCAAUCGACGCAGCCGCAACAAAACCAACAGCCUCAAGGUCAGCAGCAGUAUCAACAGCCGGGGCAGAAUCAACCUCAAUCUGGUUUUCAGCAACAAGGUCAACCGCAGUAUGACCAGAAUUUCCAGCAACAACCUCAGCAACCUCAAAUUCCACCUCAGUACACUCAGCAACAAAGCUAUCAACAACAACAACCGCAACCCACUGAUCAACAGCAGCAACAAAUGCAGUACACACAACAGGUGGCCGAUCAACAACAACAACAGCAGUAUCAACAGCAAAAUCAACAGAACGUUAUGCAAAUGGAUCAACAACAGCAGCAGCAACAAGUGAUUCAGCAGAACCAAUACGUUCCACAGCCUCAGCAACAGCAACAACAACCCAGCGACACUAUAAUGCAACAUCAUCAGUACGCUCAGCAACAGCAACAACCACCCCAGCAACAACAGCCGACAAUGUUGCCGGAUCCCCAUCAACAACAACAACCAGCUUAUCAGCAACAGAUCAGCAACGACACACAACAACAACCGCAGAGUAUGACCAUGCAACAGGCUCAGAGUCCGCCGGUCAUACAACGGCAACAGAGCGUUGAUCCUGUCCAGCAACAGCAACAACAACAGUCCAUAGUGCACAAACAACAACCUCAAGUGCCUCCUCAACAGUUUGUUCAGCAAAAUUAUUUGGAGGGCGUUCCGCAACAAGCCGAAUAUCUGAGCGCUGUCUCCGCCGAAGGAGUUCCACACAAGGUGUCCAGCGUAUCUCAACCGGAUAUGCUCUGCGUUUCCGGUCAAUCCGAUCCUCCGCAACACCGGUUGAGCGUUGAUAGUCAGCUGGAAAUGCAUCAACAACAAUCCUAUCAACAACCACAACAACAGCAUUUUAAUCAGCAGCAGCAGCAGCAACAACAACCUCAAGCCACUUAUCAACCACCGCCAGCUGCACAGCAAAGUUAUCAACAGCAACAACCGGCUUAUCAGCAACAACCGUCGCAAGGAUACCAACCUCCACCGCAACAGGCCUAUCAACCGCCCCAGCAGACUUAUCAACCUCCUGCGGAACCGCAAAGUUAUCAACAGCAACCCCAGCAGCAGCAACCUCAACAGCAGGCCUAUCAACCUCCCCCCGAACAACAAACCUAUCAGCAACCUCAGCAGCAACAAGGUUACGUUCAGCAGCAGCAACAACAGCCGGUUUUGCAGCAGCAACAAUCGUAUCAAACGAUGCAACAACCGCCCAUUCAACAGCAACAACAAGUUCCGCCUCAUACAAUGUCGCAACAAAGUAUUCCCAUUCAGCAGCAACAGCAACAGGCCAUACCGCCGCAGCAACAACAGUAUCAGCAACAGCAGAGUUAUCAGCAACAGCAACCUCCUCAACCGCAACAGUAUCAACCCCCUCAGCAGCAGCAACCGCAGUACGUUGCAGAGCCACAGCAACAACAGCAAAUUUAUCAGCAACCGCCUCCACAACAACAACCGGUUCCUCAGCAGCAACCGCAGUAUGUUGAUGUUGUCAAGCAACAGUACAUUGCAACUCCACCGCAACAGCAGCAGCAACAAGUCGUUGUAGAUCCUCAGCAGCAACAGUUGUAUCAACAACAACAGCCUCCUCCUCAGCAGCAGCAGCAGCAACAGGUGGUUCCAGGGCCGGGUUCGAUUCCGCAGCAACCUUACGUUCAGCAACAGCCGCCACCUGUUGUUCAAGGUCAAAGUUACGUGGAACAACAACCACAACAACAACCGGUUUACCUCCCAAUUGAAACACCCCCAGAUCAACAGCAAACCAACCUCGUAUCGCACCGCCUAUCUACCACCGACAUCGCCCCCAUUAACCUCGCGCAACUCCAACAAAAACUAAUGUCUCAAACAUCCUCCGUGAAAGAUCAGCACCGCGUCUCCACAACCUCCCUGCCUCCGAUGCCCUCCUUCGACCCCCCGGACCACAGGCGGUUGUCCACGGUAUCCCAACCGGCUUCCGGCCAGGAUUACCAGCAGCAGUACGUGGUUGGUAUGCCUGCCGUGCCGGGAAACGUGGAGGAGGAAGUUCAACAGGUGCAGAACCUCGAAGAAAUCAAAGCCGAAGCGGAUCAGGACGUUUCGACUUCCGAGCAAGUGAGUGAAGAGUUGAACUUCGACGGCAAAGAGCGCAACAGCCGCGCGAAAAGGGGCUCCUUCAAGCACCAGGUGAUCGUCACGUCGGUUCAGCAGGACGGUACGGUGGAGUGCCAGCUUUUGUGCAAGCAAAAAACCAUCAGUUUCAAGUUCAACAUGGUCGAUACCACUCCGGCGGUGAUUAUAGACGGUAUGGUUAAAAAGGAGUUGCUAAAGCCGGGGCCCUAUAAGCAGUUGAGCGAUCACUUGAAAGAGGUUAUUGAUCAGUUGAGGGCCAGGCCUGGGGAGAUACCCGAAUGCGGCAUGGGCAGAGGAAAGCGUGACGAUUCCACCAGCCAAAUCCUCCUAAAGCAGCAAUUUAUCGACUCUCAACCCAACGAGGAUACCCUGCAAGGCCUUAAAACCACUUUGGCUGAACAAUUAAACAACCAGUGUCGCGAAAGUUUGAACAGCAGCGGAACUGUAUCGCGUAAAACGAGCACUACCAGCGAAUAUACUCCAGAACAUACUUAUAUCGUCAACAAUAGUAAAAGAGAAGUGGUUGAUAAUACAAGGUCAACAUUCAGUACUGAUAGUACAGUCACUAGUAUUGGGGAGAAUAAAGAUGUUGCUGCAGUGGAAGACGACAUACCCGGGGAAGAAGUUAUAAUAAGUGAGACCGUGGAUUAUGGGGAUGUGUUGAAGAACGAGUUGAAUGAUAGCUUGAGGGUUAUGGAUAUGGAAAAACCGGUUCUGAUGCCCGGACAGAAGGUUAAGUUUAAAGGUUUUGUCCUGCAGAGUGUGGGGGACGAUAAAAGUCAAAGUAAAGACGAUGAUGGUAAAGGUAAGGACGAAGUCAACACUGUGAAAUCCGAGGAAGUCGUCGAGAAACCCCCGGAGGUUCUAAAGGUACCACAGAGGAAGAUAUCGAGGUUCUUGGUGAGCCCCGUACAUUCGGGGCAACUGGAUUUGCCGAAGGAUAAAGACUUUGGCGAUUCGACGAGCAAUUUAUCCGAUGUAGCGUCGAAUCUACCCGAUAUACCCAAAGUUCACUCUGAACCCCUACGCAAAACCUCCGCCCCGUUGGAAUCGACGCGCACCAACAUGGAAUUGGAAAAACCUGCGGAACAAAAAAUGUCCGUGAGCUCGCUUAAAGAAGAACCGUCGGGGCAAGAAAGCAGCACCAUCUGCGGCCCGGAGUUGAUAAACACUCUGGAGCAGUUGAAAAUCAGCCUGGACAACCUAAAAUACAGCAGCCACCCUAAAAAAGAUUCGAAUGAAGGUGACGUCAAAAAAGUGACGUCCAACAGCGAGGUCGCGAACACCAACAAGCCCGCACCGGUUGCUUCUUCAGGUAACAAUUCCCAGACGGUAACGGCACCGGUCGCAGGUGGCGCCGUCGCGCCGCAGCCUGCUGCUCAGCCCGUUCAAAAUGUCGUUCAGCCCGUGCAACAGAUGGCGCCGCAAGCGCCAAUCGUGGCGUCCAGUUCUCAGCAGAGUUUCGUGCCUUUGACGAACGUGGCGCCACAUAUGGCUCAGCAGCAGCAGCAGCAACAGGUUUCUACAUCGUUGCCGCAACAGCAUUACGUCAACGUGACUGCUGCGCAACCGCAAGUUGUGCCAGUGGUGCCAAUUGCGCAGACGCUAUUGACCCCGUUGCCGCAAACGCAACCAAUCAUGUCCCCGCAGAUUCUGCCUCCAACAGCUCAGGUUACCGUGGUAAAUACCGCCCCUCAAAUGGUUCCGGUAGUGUUACCACCUACCGUUCAAACUGCCAGUCAGCCUCAGUUGGUUUUGAAUAUUCCGAACGCUCCAGAUGUCGUCUAUCAACAGCAACAACAGGCACAAAUGUACCCUCAACAUCCGAUAUCCUCCUCGAUAUCGAUUCAAAAUAUUUCUCAAAAUGGACAAAAUGGAGGAAAUACGUCAUUUCAGCAUUCAAUGUCCAUAGAUGAAAACAUGCAGAGUGGUUUUCCGAAGAAAAUGCCUGAUAAUCUUAAACAAAUCGUGGAAAAUAAUUCCAAUAGAGGUAGUCAAGCUUCGACGCCGCAAAACGAUGCUAAAUACGCGGUACAUUUGCAAACUUUGCAGCAAAAUUUGGCAUCAAUGCAAACCCCUAGGCCUCAACAAGGAACUGCGCCACCCAGCCCUCAAACUGUAGUAGCUUCGCUAGAUUUUCCGCCUAUUAUGAACGCAGAUUUACAACAUUCUAAUUUACCGGCGCUUCACGUAGACUUAAGCAGCGCCCCAGGGAGUGGCGCCGCCACCUCCGAAAUACUCUCUCCAGCUUUGGAAGCUGCAGCUGCCGUAGCCGCAGCCGUCUUAUCUGUGGGAACGGUGGGGGAAUCCCAGUCUCAAAUUUCCGGGGAAAAACAGAAACAACUGUCGGAUUUGAACGAUCAGUUGAAGAGGAUCAACUCGAGGAACGAAAUCGGGGAGAAAAGUUUGCAGCAGAAUGUUGCGCAGCUGAUGAAACCGCCUGCGGACGUCGGUGUGCAACAGGAUGUUGUCAAGAAAGACAACGUUUUAAAUGUGCAAGCUGUGGAGAACGGCAACGCUGCAACCAAUUUGGUAUCGGACAACGCUUCGAUGCCGUGUGCUGGCAACGGCUCUGUUGCCACAUCUAAUCCGGUCUCCUCCAGAGAGCGCAAAGUGUCUCGAUUCAGGGUGAGCGUCAUCACCGAACCUGAUCGGAGCAAGCUCGUGAUUCCGGAACGGCCCGAGUCCACUUCGGAUCCGCAAACAUACGGCAACGCCGGUCCAGGUGGCGUCGUUGCCGCAGCGGCAGUUUCCUUCGGACUUGUCGGUGGCGAAGAACGGCCUGCCGAGGACUACAAGUCCGUCAUCAACAGCACCUACGAGUUUCUCAAGGAGACCAUCAACAAGUCGGCAUUGAAACCUGCCGAAGAAAUGGUUUUUGAAGAGGAGUCAAAGAUAAAGGAGGAGACUUUUGAGGAAAUGUUGAACAGACAGAAGGCGGAGUUGAACGCCUUGAUGGAGACCCAUCGCAAACAACAGCUAGAGUACAUGGGUAAAUAUAAAACAGACAAUGAAAUUAAAAAAAGCUGAUUUUUUUUUAAUUUUUUUUGGCUUGUUGACACAUAGAGUUUCAUCGAAAACAAGCAGAAGAGAACAAGAAGUAGUGCAAGAUAAUGAUUUUUAAAGGAAUCAACAAGUGAGAAUGAAAGGCUGUAUUAAUAAUUGUUUAUAUGUAUGAUACUUAGUUUAUAAUUAUAAUUAUUAUAAUUCAGCUCAAUAUAUUUUAUUUUUAAUGUCCUUCCAAAACUAGUAUAUGUAAAUAAAUUAUCAACCAUAUCGAUUUUAUUCAUUUCACUACUGCAUCAAACAUAAACGUUUUACCGUAAAACGUAAAACUUUUACGUUUUUUUUUGUUUGUUUUGAUUGAUUUUUGACAGGAUGAUCUGAGGAAAUUGCUAAAAUGUGAUUUAUUUUUUUAUUUAUUAUUUUGUAUUCAAUAAAAUAAUUGUUACUUUAA